AUGAAGAAUGCAUUUCUCCAUGGUGAUUUGGAGGAGGUAUAUAUGGAUAUACAACCAGGAUUCUCAUCUCAGUCUAUAGUUGGGAAAGUUUGUAGGUUAAAAAAGGCGUUAUAUGUUGUGACAGGUAAUGAUGAGGAAGAAGUGACACAUCUUAAGAUGUUGUUGGCCAAGGAAUUUGAGAUCAAAGACCUUGGUUCGUUGAGGUAUUUUCUUGGGAUUGAAGUUGUCAGAUCUGACAAAGGCAUCUUUAUUUCUCAGCGGAAGUAUAUCCUGGAUCUUCUUAAGGAAACUGGCGUAUUAGGCUGCCGACCUGCUGAUUCGCCAAUUGAGGCUAAUCACCAUCUUUGUAGUGGUGUUGGUGAUCUUGUGGAGAAGGAAAGAUACCAGGGACUUGUGGGAAGACUUAUAUAUUUGUCCCACACUCAUCCAGAUAUUGCCUAUGAAGUUGGGAUAAUGAGUUAA